AUGGGGAACGCACCGGCAAAGGAGAGUCGUAGUCGGUCUCAUUCACAAGCAUCAACUACGUCUAUGAUUUCCAACCUGCUGCCAACGAUUCUGUCAUCGUUAGGAGCCGGUCGGUCAAGAGCUCGCAGUUAUAGUGGAGCAUUCAGUGUCAACACUAAUAACACCAAUAGUGCUGGACUAUUAGGGAUUUUAGGGGGGUCAAAUAGUAUCGGAAGUGCCGGAGGCGAUAAGAAGAAACGUCAAGAAGAAAAGGUUAAACAAAAGGAACUUCAUUAUCAAGAUUUGGUUGUUCGAUAUUAUGAAAAUGUUGAUGGAGGUUAUUUGGCUCCUUAUGGUACUUAUAAAUCAAAUUUAGAUUUUAAUACUGAAAUAGUCCGUAAUUUGGUGAUUGCAAGACGGUUGGCUCCCUUUUAUACUCCAUUGCAAGAUUUCGACCCAAGUUGGUCAGAUAAUGAAUUGGUGGUACUCUUAAGUCAAUUAACUUUACAUCUGAUUGAAACUGCUUAUAGUGAAGAUGAAGAUGAAGAUGAUGAUAUUGAUAGUCGGAAACUACAUAAAUCGGCAAACUAUUAUAGGCGACAAGAACAACGGACUAAAUUGAAGCAAAUCAUUGCUGUUGCCAAAGAAACUCAAAAACAUGAAGAACAGGUGUUUUUAGAAGAUAAAUUAAAAUUAAAAUCAACCCAAAGUCAAGAUCAAAGUCAAAUUCUUGAUUUACCUUCUCGUGAUUUGCUACUUGCAUUAUACAGAAAUGCAUCUGAAUGUCCCAUUUGUUUCUUAUACUUUCCUCAACAUUUCAACAUUUCUCGGUGUUGUCAUCAACCCAUUUGUUCUGAAUGUUUUGUUCAAAUCAAGAGAUUGGAUCCUCAUCCACCUCAUGAUGAUCCCUCUCAAACAUCUUCCAACCCCAAUGAGACUCCUCAUACUUUGAUUUCAGAACCUGCCAAUUGUCCCUUCUGUGCCAUGCCGGAUUUUGGUGUAACAUACACCUCACCUUCUCAUAUUAGUACGGGGAUUGAAGGGAUGACCAAGCCAGGGUUAUUCAAAUCGUUUGCUAAUAUUCCAGAAGACGACUCCGUCAUUAUGGAUGUGUCUCCGUCAUCGCCUGCUACCGGGUCAUCUUCUUUAUCUCCACAACGCCGGUCUCGGAUGUCUGGGUCAAGUCCCGUUGGUGGUGGUUACCCUGCCAGAAGAAGAUCUUCAUUAGCAGCUUCAGAUCCAGCAGUGGUGACUAUUGAUAUGAUUCGUCCAGAUUGGGAACAAAAGUUGAUCUCUGCCAGAAACAGAUUGGCCCGUAAAGCAGCUACUGCCACAGCCAUUCAUGCUUCCAACUUACUAAUUGAUGAUAACAAUAGCGGUCGAAGUUCACAGGCGGGCAGUGUUCUGUUGCGAACCAUGGAGGAUCGAAUGGUGGAAGAGGCCUUGAGAUUGUCCCUUUUAGAUGAAGAGGAAAGAAGACGGAAAGCCCAAGAAGACACAUGA